GACACUCCUGAUUGUACGAGGGACUACAAGAAGCUUAAUCCUGAGGAGAUCCACACGAUAUGAGGAAUGAAAGCAUAAUGAAGUGAUGAUAAGUGGAGAUGGUUUCACUGUGUCCCAGCCUGAGCGCCUAGAGGGGUUGAUAGCGAAAUCGAUCGAUAUCCCCUGUUCAUUCACUUACCCAGAAACACACAAACCUAGAAAGAUAAACAUUUACUGGAGAAGAUAUAAAUUUGACGGAGAAUUUAUAUUCAGCGUCUCAGAGAAUUACACUCACUACCAUUAUCACGGCCGAAUUGAUUUCCUGGGAAAUACAUUUCGGAACGACGGAACCAUCCGGAUAAACCACCUGAAACUCAGUGACCACAACAGGUAUUACUGUCGUGUGGAGACAACAGGAUAUAACAGCGAGAUCUGGCAAAGCAUCAAUGGGACACUCCUGAUUGUACGAGGACAGGGACCCACACCCUCAACAGCCCCGUUAACCCCCUCAGUGACUGCAUCAACAUCAGAGCUCACUGGGGAAGAUGAAGACAAACUGGGCCAGGGUGUAAUCCUGAUCAUCCGGUCCGUUCUAGCUCUGGGAAUGCUGGCGAUUGUCUGGCUGAUCGGAAUUUAUCUGAUGAACAGCAGGGAAGUUACGAUUCUCCCGAUCGAAGGUUCUGGGAACAGACCAAACGAGAGACGAGUGGAUCAAACUGAAAUCACCAGUCGGAAUCUGUGACUGAGAGCCAUGUAUACCUGAUGUGAUGGGCCCUGCAAUUUUACCGAAUCCCACUUUCUCACACAACGGAGACAAACCCUCAACAGAACUCACUUUUCCGAACUAAUUAUAACCUCCUUUUGAAGCAGAUGCUCUUGAAGGCUUGCUUUAGUGCAGAAUUGAAACAAACUGGGUCAAAAUCCUGGAGCUCCCUCCCGAACAGCUGUGUGGAUGUACCUACACACCAUAGGCUUCAGCGGCACAAGAAAGCAUCUCAUCACCACCUUCUCAAGGGGCAUUAGUGAUGGGCAAUAAAUGCUGGCCUAGCCAGCGAUGCCCAUAUGCUGUAAAAGAAUAGAAAUAAC